AUGGACAGCUACGGAAACCAAAACAACAACGGGGGCGACAGCGCCAUCAACUUCGGUUCCAACGGUGGUGGUCGCGGUGGCCGUGAUCAGGGCAUGGGCGGACAAGGUGACCAAGGCUUUGGCGGUGCACAAGGUGACCAAGGCUUGGGCGGCGCGCAGGGCGGCCAGGGCUACGGUGACGCGCAGGGUGGUCAGGGCCUUGGUGGCGGGCAGGGUGGCCAGGGCUAUGGCGGCGGGCAGGGUGGCCAGGGCUACGGCGGUGCACAGGGUGGCCAAGGCUACGGCGGUGCACAGGGCGGCCAAGGCUUUGACCAGAACCAAGGUGCUCAAGGCCAGGGGGGUCAAGGAGACGGCUUCCAGGACCAGGGGAACCAAGGCGGUGGGGCGUACGGCGGAGGAGCGCAGAGUGGCAAUGGCGCCGGACAAGAUAACUUCUCGGGCAGCCAGGGCGGUAACACAGACCCGGGUAACCAGUACGGCGGCAGUGGUCCUGGCGGGAAUGGUGGCAAGCCAUCAAUGACCCAGCGUGUUGAGGGCACUGUGGAGAAGAUAGCUGGCAAGGUCACCCGGAACCCAGGCAUGGUCGUGCGUGGCGAAGAGAAGAAGGAGGGAUACUAA